AUGCAGGCUGCCCAGCAGUCUUGGGAGCUCGAGAACGGGAUCAGUGUCUUCGAUCCCCAACGUGAUGCACUCUACCAAUAUGACGAACAAACAAAUAAAGCGCUGAAUGCCCAACGGCCGUGGGCGAAGGACCCUUACUAUUUUAAACAUGUUCGAAUCUCCGCAACGGCACUAUUGAAAAUGGUGAUGCACGCUCGCUCAGGUGGAUCUCUCGAAGUGAUGGGUCUAAUGCAAGGCUACAUUCUGCACGAAACUUUCGUUGUGACAGACGCAUUCCGACUUCCAGUUGAAGGUACCGAAACAAGAGUCAACGCCCAGGACGAUGCAAAUGAAUACAUGGUGUCGUAUCUGCAGUCAUGCCGAGAUGCUGGACGCAUGGAGAACGCUGUCGGUUGGUACCACAGUCACCCCGGAUACGGAUGCUGGUUAUCUGGUAUCGAUGUCGCAACUCAACAGACACAACAGAUGGGUGGUCCAUUUGUGGCUGUUGUGAUUGAUCCUGAGCGGACGAUCUCAGCGGGCAAGGUUGAGAUUGGGUCGUUUCGGACUUUUCCACUUGAUUACACGCCUGCGAAGGAAUCUCAUGAAGAUGAUGAAUACCAGACUAUUCCGCUGGGGAAAUCAGAGGAUUUCGGAACACAUGCAAACCGCUAUUAUUCGCUUGAGACCACACAUUUUAAGAGCACGCUUGAUUCAGAGAUCUUGUCAUUGCUCUGGAACAAAUAUUGGGUUGCUACGCUGAGUCAGAGUCCCCUAUUUGCUUCUCGUGAUUAUACGAGCAAACAAAUGAUGGAUCUCAGUCAGAAAAUUCGCAAGGCAUCGAGGCAAGUCGAGCAUACUGGUCCGCGUGCCGGGGGCGUUGCAAACAAGGAUCAGCAGCUUGAUAAGGUUGUACGAGGGGGCCAACGGAUUGUUUCAGAGGAAGUCAAGGGUCUUUUAGCAUCUGAGGUGAAGAUGAAGCUGUUCCAGAAUGUUGGGGAGCAGUAA